AUGCAGAUGGCAGAAGCCGACCCAAACAUCAUGUCCUCGCUCCUGGACCCGACAGUCUACGGGAGUUUUGACGCCAUGUCCAUGAGCGUCGACAACCCCAACGACGACAACGCCAUGUCCACGUUCAAUUUCGUCGGCAACACCCCCAUGCCCGACGCUCUGGGAGACGAUACACCCUCCAUGAGCAACAACUAUUCAAACAAUGGCGAUGACGCUUCGAGUGUUGUCGGCGCGGGGCCCGCGCCCGUCGGUGGCAUGAAUGCGCAGGCUUUGCAGCAGGCCGGCAGCACCCUUACCGAGUUCACAAAGAGGCGGAACUGGCCCGCAAAAGUAGUCGAAGAGCUCAAGGACUUUCUUCAAAUACUCGACGCCAACGGUCGCAUACGAUACGUCUCGCCGAGCAUCCUGAACCUGACGGGCUACGCCGCCGAGGAGAUUGCCGACACCUUCCUCAAGGAUCUGGUCCAUCCAGACGACGUUGGUGUCUUCGUCGCCGAGCUGAACGAGUCCAUAGCCUCGGGGAACCCCUUGCGCCUGUUCUUCAGGUUCAAGAAGAAGGACGGGAAAUACGCCAUUUUCGAGUCGGUAGGCCAUGCCCACAUUGCCGCCGCCAAAUUUGCGCCAAACCCGCACAAUCAAUCGCCAUUCUGCCAGGCCGUGUUCAUGAUGUCGCGUCCAUACCCAACAAAGAACGCGGGCUUGCUGGACUCCUUUUUAGAACACAAAAUCGAGAACGAACGCCUGAGGAGACGCAUUGCCGAGCUGCGCAGGGAGGAGGAAAUGGAGAACGAGGAGUCACAACGGCAAUGGAUGCAGAGUCAGGAGGGCAGAUCAGACAUGACGCCGUCGGAGACUACGAUGACGUCCGCUCCGAGCCACCCGUCUCGCGACACAGACACGGGCGACAGGUCGUCGGCCCUGAACGUUGCACUGACGCGAGAGGCUCUGGAAGGUGUCGCGGGAAGUCGCCCAGACUCGCUGAAGGACAAGAUGGCCAGAUACGAAGGAGCGGCUUCGCACACGGACACCAUUGAGAUGCUGACUGGCCUGAGGUAUAUGGAGGGUGAGAGAAGCCGCGGUAUCACGACAGGCAACGCAAGUCCAACGUUGAUCAAGGGCGACGCCGGAAUUGCCAUCCCACUCGACCGGGAUCCUCGGACAGGCGAUAAGAAGAAGAAGCUCAAGACUUCUGAGGAAUACGUCUGCACUGACUGCGGUACCCUGGAUUCUCCCGAAUGGCGCAAAGGCCCAAGUGGGCCGAAAACACUGUGCAACGCCUGUGGCCUUCGGUGGGCCAAGAAGGAGAAGAAGAAUCGACACAGCAACAACACCAGCCAUCAGGCGGGUUCGCUACAAGUCGAGCAUGGCGGAGGUUAA